CAGAUGUAUUAAUGUCAUGUUACCUGUUCCUGAUAUAGAGACACGUUAAUAAGACACUGUGCAGCUGGCAUUAGAACAACCAUUAAACUUGACGGUGAGUCGUUAAAGUGAGCUAACUCUAGCUAUCUGAACAACGAAGAAGACACUGACGUGUUUGACAUAUUAGCUACAUUUACAUUUUAGAAAUGCACAGAGGGAAGGACUAUCCAGAAGACUAUGGAUACUAAUAAAAAGACAGUUAGACACCACUCUGGAGUCGGGACAUUUGAAAGAUUCAACGCGGCUUUGAGACGGAAUGGACACUAUUUGUACCCUGGUACGGUUUGAGAUGCAGUUUCAAAUGGGACAUGCGAGCCUGGAGGAUGGGACGACUGUUCUGGGGGGGACAGAUGUGUUUUUAGCCCGGUGAAUUAUCCUAUCAGAGGUGGAAAGUGUAUUUUUCCACAGCGAGCGGGAUAAUGCUCUACAGAGAUGUUGGAUACACGUCAGCACCUCCUCAGACAACGGUAGCAUUCAUACUCGUUCACCGCAGAGCUGAACUCUUCCUCAGGGUAACCCUACCCUGACCGUCAAACGUCGAGCUAUGGCUCUGAAAUCAAGGAGACCGUGGACGACCGUGAUUUUCGGCGUCUUUCUCGGAUUCACCGUAUCCUCUUGGCUUAUUGUACCUCAGGUUCUGGAGAGUAAACGGAAGAAAUCUCCCGUGUGUUUGUACUACGGUGACUCCUCCGUCGGUAAAGGUCCUGACAUCCUCGGCAACACCGCGGCGGCCAAAGACCUGGACAGCCCGCAGUUCGGUCAGGAGGAGGACAGGGUAUCCAGCACGAGGAACAGUAGCGGAGAUACCGGGAGACCCGUAAGCAGACCGAACCGUUUCCUCUAUGUCGGCGUGAUGACGGCGAAGAAAUAUCUGCGAUCUCGCGCCAUGGCCGCGUACAAGACCUGGGUGAGUUCCAUUCCCGGGAAGGUGGAGUUCUUCUCGAGCGCCGGUUCUGGCAGCGUCUACCUACCCGUACCCGUCCCGGUGGUUUCCCUUGCAGGUGUGGACGACUCCUACCCGCCACAGAAGAAGUCAUUCAUGAUGCUGAAAUACAUCCACGACCACUACUUGGAUAAAUACGAGUGGUUCAUGCGGGCAGAUGAUGAUGUUUAUAUAAGAGGUGAGAAGCUGGAGUUGUUUCUGCGGUCACUGAACAGCAGCAAGCCCCUUUACCUGGGCCAGACAGGCCUGGGCAUGGCUGAAGAGCUGGGCAAAUUGGCCCUAGAGCCCGGAGAGAACUUCUGUAUGGGAGGCCCCGGGAUGAUCUUCAGUAGAGAGGUGCUACGCAGGAUGGUCCCUCACAUCAGUACCUGUCUGAGAGAGAUGUACACCACCCACGAGGAUGUGGAAGUGGGCCGCUGUGUGCGACGCUUUGGAGGAACACAGUGUGUGUGGUCUUACGAGAUGCAGCAGCUCUUCUAUGAGAACUAUGAACACAACAAGAAAGGUUUCAUUGAAGAACUUCAGAGUAGCAAGAUCCACAACGCCAUUACACUCCACCCCAACAAAAAGCCUGCCUACCAGUAUCGGCUCCACAGCUUCAUGCUGAGCCGUGAGAUCUCAAGGCUUCGUUACCGCACCAUCCUGCUCCACCGCGAAGGCCUGAUCAUGAGUUACCUCAGUGACUCAGAAGUACUGUGGGAGGACCAACAGCUGGGUUCCCCACCUUCAUACAUGCUCUUUCAACCCAAUGAGAGAAACGAUGUCAUUGAGUGGGAUUUCCUGACUGGCCGCCAUAUAUAUUCUGCUGUUGAGAACAAGAUAGCCCGACAAAACCUUGGGAACUUGUUUCGGACUGCACUAGAAGACAUUAUACUCCAGGUCAUGGAAAUGAUUAAUGAGAAUUCGAAAACACGUGGCCGUGUAAUUGACUUUAAAAAGAUUCAGUAUGGCUACUACAGGGUGGAUCCAAUGCAUGGUGCAGAAUACAUCUUAGACUUACUCCUCCUGUAUAAGAAACAUAAGGGACGCAAAAUAACGGUACCUGUGAGGCGGCACGCUUACCUUCAGCAGUCCUUUAGUAGACCCUUCUUUACUGAAACCGAAGAGUUAGAUGUGGCUGAACUUGUGGCUGCCAUCAACUCUGAAUCCCAAUCCCUGUCUUUCCUAUCCAACUCUCUGAGGUUCUUGUCACCUUUCCAGGUCUAUGAAUCAACCAGGGAAAUAUGGGAGCAAAGCCAGAGAAAGGUCAACAUCCUUGUCCCGCUGUCUCGUCGCUAUGACACCUUUGUCCGCUUUAUGGAGAACUUUGAGAAAGUGUGUUUGAUACCCAAACAAAAUGUUAAGCUCUCCGUCAUUCUGGUGGACAAUGAAAGCAAUCAAGACAGAGGAAGACACACUCAGUUAAUUAAAGACUACUACAGGAAGUAUCCUAAAGCUGACCUGUCUGUAAUCCCCAUGACAGGCAACUUUUCACGAGGACUGGCUCUGGAGCUGGGCUCCUCACAGCUUGAUAACAACACUCUACUCUUCUUCUGCGAUGUUGAUCUUAUCUUUAAUGGUGAUGCCUUGCAACGCUGCAGAGACAAUACUGUCCAAGGGAGACAGGUCUAUUUUCCUGUUGUCUUUAGUCAGUACAACCCCAAGAUAGUUUAUUCAGAGAAGGCCCCAAGAGAAAACAAUUUUGUGCUCACCAAGAAAAGUGGUUUCUGGCGAGAUUACGGCUUUGGAAUCACUUGUGUUUUCAAGAGUGAUUUACUAAAAGCUGGAGGUUUUGACACCUCAAUCCUAGGCUGGGGAUUGGAAGACGUAGACUUGUUCACAAAAGUUAUUAACUCCGGUUUAAACGUGUUGCGCAGUCAAGAACCAGGAAUUGUCCACAUGUAUCACCCUGUCUACUGCAACGCAAGUCUAGAGCAGAAGCAACACAAAAUGUGCCUUGGCUCAAGAGCAAGUACGUUUGCAUCAACAAUGCAGUUAGCAGAGCUGUGGCUGGAAAAACACAUAGAGGGAGGGUACAACAGAACUUCAUCCUGACAUUCCAGCCAUAAUGGACUCCUCCAUGCAAGUUUACCUCAGUUCUGCUUGAAUGCAGACAGUGAUGGACUUUUGUAGUGUGACUGCAGAUCAGAGGUCUUGAAAAUUUGAUCCAAAAAGGACCCAAUACUAUCCUAUCCAAAAUGGAAAAGACCCAAAUCCUGACUGAUGUGACAGCAGGUAAACUCAGAUCCAGAGGAAAUGGUACAGAACAGAACUGAGUCCAGGAUUGCUGCACCAAAUUUGUUGGAGGUGUCUACUACCUUAUCCAGUCCCAAACCAUCUUGGAAAACCACUGAGUUAAUAUAAAUUGGCUGUUAGUUGGUACAUUGGACAUUGUACUGUUCACUCUAGCAUUACAGAUUAGUUGAUUUAUUAGUUACAGUGCAAAUUAUGCAAAUAUAGAGGUUUGGGACCUUUUAUUGUGGUUCCUUAGGGUUUGGGUCAAUUCUAAUUCUUUACCAGUGUCGUUUUUAGACAUGUAUAGACAACAAGGCUACUUUGGGGCGUCCCAAGUGUUGGAAUUUAAACAAAUCACUCAAAGAGCAAGCUAUAUUAAUCUAAAUAUGUUAAAGGUGAUUUCAAGUAAUUUGUAAACAUGACAGGAAAUGAAACCAAGGAAAAUAUAUAGUGGAAUCAUAAGGACGUUAAAGGUUAUACCCAAGUUUGAAUGUGUUUAUGGUUUCAGUAUGCAGCAGAAUCACUGCUUGCAACUCAUUUAACCAUUUAAUACUGGAAUGUGGUAUCGUCUGCUGCGUUACACAAUCUGUGCGUGUGUGUGAGAGUGAGAGAGUCAUAGCGAGGGAGUUAGUCUGCUUUAAUUUGCUACCUUAAUCUGCCAUAAUCCCCAGGUGAUUUUUUUAGAAAUCCCUUCCUGCAGACCUGAAGAUAAGGCUGUGUAGAUAGUGUCCCUUCCAAGAUGAUUCCUGUUGUGCUACUGUGCUAAGAUUAUUUAGGUUGUUGUCCAGCUGUUUCUCUAAUUUCCACUCUCAAAUCCAGUUGUUUUCUCCCCUACCUGGGGUAUGUGUUUGCCUUGUUUUUAUUCAUGCCAAACCAUGGGGAUGCAGCAGUUUACUACUGUCAGAGGACAGCUAAUAGAAUGUUUACAAGGCAUAUCAUAGUUAUUAUGAUUAUGACAUUUGCUUAUAGGAGCAGUGUAGGCUUUGGUGGCAUCUAGUGGUGAAGUUGCAGAUUAUAACCAAAUGAACAACCGCUCGCCUUCCAAGCAAGUGUAAACCUAUCGUGACGUAACCUAUUGGAUUGUGGAGUACUGUUUUGAAGCCUCAAGCUUGGGGUACUCACUGAGAAUGACUUGUCAGUCACAAGUUAGCCACGCCCAAAGGCAUACCCUGUUUUAUAGUCUAUUUUACUCUAAAUGGGACCAUACUGGUUGACACUUCUGCGUUGGCUUCACUUUACAGACCCAGAAGCUCUGUCCAUUAUAUAUACUGUUAAUGC